AAAGACAGCCUCGCUGAGCCUAGCUCAAAGGAAUAAAAGAGAGAGUGCUUCAUGGGAGGUAGCCCAUGUCUGGCGUCAAAUUUAAUGGCAUUAAACAAAAGUGCUACGAGGAGACAACCCGAAUUUCUCUUUCUUAGUUAAAUUUUUAAUUUCAAGUUUGUUUUUAGCAUAAAAUUUUGAGGUGCUCAUUAAUGGAAAUCAUUGUAUCCUUUGGAUAGAUGUUACACAUGGAGACAUUUUUUUGAAGUUAUGACGAGAAAGAAGGUUUUGAUGACAUGAAAAGAGUACAAUAUCGACUUUUGUACUACUGAGGUAAGUGCUCUAACGAGAAAAUGCUAGAAAACGACGAAUAACGCAAAGGAAAGUGCUCUAGACCCUAUGAAAAGAGAAAUUUGGCCACCACCCCACCCAAACUUCAUUUUCACUUCUUUUCCUCUCUCCUUAGUCGAAAACCUUCUCCCUUCUCUCUUGGUUUCAAAUUUUCUCUGAACUUCUUCAACUUUCAAUCGCUAAAUCCACCACAAAAGCUCAAAAUUUGAUCCUCAAAUUUGAGAUACAUCCUACCCAACACCAUAAAAAUAAUGCACAACCAAAGAAAAUUCAAAAAGCUCACUAGAGUAGCCCCGACGACUAAAAUAGUCAUGCCACCCCCUACCCUUUCUCUUUAGAUUCUUCGAUUUUCUUCCAUAAACUGCAUUUUUCAUCAAUCCAAGUAAGCACUGAUGAUCUUUAUAUGAAUUUAGGAGCUUGAAUAAUGAAUUUAGGACUUCAAUUGAGGAUUUAAUGAUUAAAAUUGCUUGAGUUAGGUAGGGCUCUCUCUUGCUAAUUGUUGGCCUCUUUUAGACCCAAUUGAUGUUUGUGGCUGAUUGAUGAUACCUAUUCUGAUUAUAUAUGAGAUUGCAUAGUGCUUAUGAUGAUUUUAUCGAAUUUAUGCUUGUAUGAUUUGUUGAAUUUUUGCAAAGGUCAUUGCCAAAAUUUUAAAAAAUGUAGCAUAACAUCUUUCAAUUUAACCUUUAAAUGUCAAGCUAUGCUAGGUUUCGAAAUUCAUGGUAUGAUUUUUUAAAUUUCGAAAUUUUCAAUGGGAGCAGGGGCAUUGUAAGUUUUCAAAUUUCAUUACUAAGUUGGAUCAAAACUCAUGUCAUUUUACUUGUGCUAACUUCUCAAUCGACCUUUGCCUAAUCAUAUAACUUGGGUUUUCAAAGUUUUAAAAUUAGUAAGAUAGAUGGUUCAUAUAUUUUCUACAUUUUGAAGUUCAACUUUUCAUAUCGUUAUAUGUACCUAUACGUCAUAUGUAAUUGAAUUAGUUUAGCAUUCGGAACUAGCUUGAUAAUAAAUAUUAAAGAAGUUAUAUGAUUAGCUUAUAGAAGAAUCCAUGCUCUAAAGUUAUUCUCCUAUUUAUCAAUACUAACUUGGUUUCUUUUCUAUUGAGCAGGAAGAUGAAGAACCCAAUCCCUAAGUGGAUGGGAAAGCAUAAGAAGAAGGGAUACGAGGAUGCUUCUUCAUCAAGAAGACCACGUCCUCACAGUAGUGGAAGGCCACUUGAUAGUGUGUGGUCAAGGAGAAAAAGUGGACAACUGCCACCAGGGGCCGAGGUGCUUGAGACUGAUAUCGAGCUAGAGAUUAGAGAAGAGACACCAAGGAGAGAUUUACUCGCCGGCCUUCAACCGGUGCCAAUGAUGGGGAGUUGCAAUGAUAUGGAGACUCGAUGAUGCUGGUCUCUUGUCAAUAUUCAACAUCAAAGAAUAAAGAAGCGACGUGCUCACAAGGGAGUUCCUUGCCACCUUAAUAGUAAUUGGUAACACCCAAAUUGGUGAAACACCCUAACCCGGCCGGGUACUACAUUUACUAAACUGCCCUUGAUAAAUAAAAUAGUCAAAUCUUAAACUGCAGCGGGAAAUUUUUUCAUAAAUAAAGUACUGAAACACACACUUGUAGCUCAGAGCAAAGCCCUAACACGUGGGCAAAUUAAACUCAAACUUUAGAAUCUCAAUCUGAUCUCCAGUCUAUACUCAUAAUCAUAAAUGUAAAUAACUAAUAAUAUCUAAUUGUUGCUACUGAUACCUUGACUAAGCAUCCUCUGUGACGCUGAUACUAGUCUCCUCUAGCUGGCUUGCCUCGAACAGCUUUCUCGAUCUCGCUGCUCACUAACUGCUCCUCUAGCUGCAACUAUCGGUAUAGUUCUCGCUUUUCCUUUACUAAAUCCUGGUUAGUGAGAUGGGGUCAGUCUAUGCCCUUACGUUUUAGUAAUUCUAACACUUGAGUACUUUACUUAGACACUUAUCUUUGACUAGUGGAAGUUGUUUGUACUUCCAAUCAUAAAAUCUUAACUCUUAAACUUUGAGGGAGUUGAAGUUACUCUCCUCUCUUAAAGCUCAAAUCUUGACUUAAAUACUUGACCGACACGGGGAUCCCUCACUAGCUAGUCCGGUUGCCAACUCAUACGUAUGAGAAGCCAUCCAAGCUUUCCUUAAACUUAAACUUAGUUAGGGAAGUCGUAACGAUUCAUCCCCCUAACAUCUUAAACUUAUCGUGUUGGCUCUUCACCACGAUUCUCAAGAGCAUAACUGCUGCUCAUAUAAAAGUCUCAAGAGCAUAACUGCUGCUCUAUCUCAAAAUGUCUCAAAUGGCAACGGACUGGCGCUAGUGAAUAAAAACACUUAAAAGGA